GAAAAUGCCGAAAAGAAAGUACCAGAUCAAGCACUCAUGUACAAGGAAAUUCGCAAAAGGAAAGAAGGAAAGACUUAUAUGUCAUCUUAUGAGGAAACUGUUCCAGGCUCAUUGAAGAGUGAACUUUUGGGAAGAUAUACCAAGAAAAGAAAACAAUCUCUUAAUUGUGGGACUGUACAUUGUCAGGAUGACAGCUUUGACGAUGAUGGAGCAAAUAAUUAUGAUAAAACCAUUCAUGAAAAUGCUGAGAGAAUAGAGAAUGAAGAAGGCGAAGAAGGAGGAGAAAAAGAAAUAGACUGA